CGUACGUGGAGGAAGAAGCGUGCUGCGUAAAUCGAGACCUAUACAAUGAAUUGAACUAAAUAUUCACAGUGAAAAGUGCUCCGCACAAGCCAAGGCACGCGUUUGGGGAUAGUUCAAGUGUUUCCGUGCCACGAGCAAAGCAAAAGUUCGGGUUACAAGGCCGUUCCAGCGGAAGUUUUACUUUUGUCAAUGCGGAUCCUACGCACAUUUUUUAAGUGACAGGUAUAGACUCAAAAUGCACUCAGAAUUUGAAAGAAAACGACGAAGUUGUUUGAGCAUGCGCUAAGUUGAAGCGAGAUCUUCAGGCUAGCUCUAUCUAAGACAGCGCUGCUCAAAAGCCUAUCCCGAUGCAGUUUAUCAAACUCAAGGAAAUUUCCAGGAGAAUUUAUUUACUUUACUGCACAUUUACUCUUUUUCUACUGGCGGAGGGAAGGAAGCAUCUCACAAAUGUGAAAGUUGGAAUUUUUUUGGAUCGAAUUUUACACAGCGAAACAUCGUUUGGAAAUUACACGCAGGAACUGGCUGACUUCUAUCACAACACAACUUUGACGAAAAUCUCCCUCGAAACACAAACGAUUCAGCUAAAUGGGCUACCGUUUGAGAAUAUUUCGAGAAGAUUUUGCGUCGAUAUUGUACAAAACAACAUCUCAGUGAUUGUGUUGCAGACGCGAAACCUGGAGCUCACGCAGUUUGUGGGACACUUGGCUUCCUUUUUUAAAAUACCGGCCAUAGAAAGUGUUAGUAGAGAGCCCCUGCUGUCGGACAAGGAAUACUUCAGCACACUUGUCCGUAACGUUCCAUCCGAGGUCUUACAGUUUACAGUAUUCCUCGAUUUCCUUAAAUUUGCUUGGAGGAGACGAGCGUAUGUAAUAGUCAGUGAUGAUAUGUCGUACGGGCUGGCUCUUCAACAUUACCACGAAAAUGAAUUUGCAGAUAUCACUAUUAUCAACCUUGGAUCACCUAAUGUCGAAGAGGGAGAAAUAAUCAAGCAUUUACUAAAGAUAAAAUCUAGCACAGCUCACGCUGUUUACCUCUACUGUGACUCAAAGCUAGCGCACUUUAUUCUCUGGAUCGCAAAAGAUUUUCGUCUCAUCAACGAUGAAAUGUUAUGGAUAAUCUCUGAAAGGUCACUUGAAAAUAUACUAGGCUUUUACACUUUACCCAGUUUCAUUUACGUUAUAAGAACCCGUCGAUUUUCUCAAAGCGAAGAAAAGUUCGACAGAACGCAACUAAUUCAUAGCUUGUCAGUUAUUCAGAGAACGUUUGAAUCAAUGAACGACACAGAGGUACACCAGUAUUUGCGGACGCCUUUAGACUGUUACAGUUCCAUCGCAUGGGAAAAGGGCAUGGAAUUGCACAAAUUACUCGAGGCGAGUGUUAACUCACGCGACUCAAACCAGAUGGGGCAAAAAACUAAAAAUGUUCAUCCUUCUUACGAAAUUCUGUAUCUUCAAACACCUUACAAGCAGGACGAAGGCUGGGUACAAAUAGGUAUAUGGACAAGCAAAGGAUUAACAUUGCAAUUACAUGAAUUAGAUCAGGAAACACCGGAUAAAAAAAUCGGAGAAAUUCCUCGGCUUCUAGCUGCAGUAGUGGAAUAUCCUCCGUUAACUAUGAAAGCGGACUUCGACGAGAGCGAAGGAUGCUAUCAAGGAUUAGAGUGCAAAAAGUACACUGAGAAUUCGCAAAAUUUUACCAGAUAUUGCUGUUAUGGACUGGCAAUCGACGUGCUUCGCUACGUUAAGACAGAACUUCAGUUUGAACCACUGAUAUAUUUUGUUCGAGAUGGAAACUACGGUGCCAAAAAUUCCUCAGCGGGCACGUGGAACGGUGUUGUACGAGACGUCUUGGAAGGAAAAGCAGACAUCGCCAUCGAUCUCAUGACCAACGAAGCACGUUCGGAGGUAAUCGAUUUCUCUUUGCGCUGGACGCACGCAGGUCUCGCUCUGCUCGUGCUCGUAGGAGAGCAAAAGGUGGAGGAUCUCGACUUUUCGUUUUUCCGACCUUUCACAAUUUAUUUGUGGAUGGGCAUGAUAGGAGUUGUGAAUUUCUACCUGGGUCUUCUGUGGUUCACGGACCGUUUGAGCCCUUACGGACAUCGUAAGUCGUUUCGAGCUAGAAACCACAAUGGGUUUGACCUCAGUGAGAGCAUGUGGUACUGCUGGGGAGUUUGUUUUGAUAACCAGUUUGUGGACUCCAGGCCGCGUAGUUUGAGUGCGCGGGCCAUGGCAGUGUUUCUGGCGAUUUUUGCACUGAUGUGCGUGACGUCAUACACGGCUAACCUGACAGCUCAUCUGUUAUCUGAUGACACCAAACCCGAAGUCACCGGGAUCCGUGAUCCAAAGAUCACAGAUCCAGAUUCGAAGAUUACAUACGGGGUCGUGAAGUCGAGCUACGUGGAUUCCUACUUUGAACUAAACGAAGACCCCAUCAUGCAAUCCAUGUUCAGGCGCAUGCGUGAUAAGAAUCACUUGGUUAAUAACUUCACAGAUGGAGUGGAACGAGUUCGAAACAGGAAAUUGGACAUUUUCAUCAGUGAGGUUUUGUCCUUAGACUACGAAGUGGCAAAACAGAAAUCUCCGUCAUAUCCUCGAUUACAGGUUGUUGGAGCUGCCAAGCCUUUCGCUGAGAGUGGAUAUUCUUACGCGUUUAAAAAAAAUUCUCCAUGGAAACCGAAAUUUGACUUGGUCAUCAACAGGAUGAAAGCUGAAAACGUGCCGAGCGAACUCUACAAGAAAUGGGUUUCUUCAGGCGAGGACAGAAGCGAAGAACAUCAUCAAAGACUGAACGUUUACUCGUUGAGCGGCGUUUUCUUUCUUGGUGCUUCCCUGGCGCUGGUCGCCAUACUUUUUCUUUCCCUCGAGAACAGACUCUUCGCAGCAGGUUUCAUUUACCAAGACAUGAAAGGUGACAAUUUCCACGAGAAAGGCACGCGAAAGUACUCGGGCGCAGUUAAAAGGAAGUUACUGGACUUCAAUACGAACAAGGACGAGGCAGAAUUCCCGGAUAUAUCAGACUACCUCCGUAACAGGAGGAGAAGUAACUUAAUGUUAAAGACUUUGUAUAAUCCUAAAUCUAUAAAAAGGAAAUAUGAAGAGGCAGGGGAAAAUGGUACCGCCACGACUUCUGUUUAGCAGUUGAAAGAGUUAGUUAUUAAAAUAGUGAAAUUUGUGUAUUAGUUUUCUCAAGAUGAUAAGCCACUUUUCCAUACUAAGAAGGAAGUUUCAAAAUCAUACCUACAUUCGACAACAAACUACCAGAUCCCGGUUGUUUGAAGGAUGCAUGGGGCUAUCGAGUAGAUAAAUCUCUAUUCAGUAGAUAGCGUAGAACGUUUCCAUUGGAUAGCGUUAUCCACUCUUUGAACAACUGCGCUCAGAAGAGUACGGCGGUUUUCGACUGAGAGUCAUAAAAUAUGGCAAAACUAAAGUAAUCAUCACGAACAAUCACAACAAGGGUAACUUAAUUAAACAAGAGCCAAUAAGAAUUUAAAGUAAAUACUUGAAACCAAUACGUCUAUUGAAUAUUAAUGCUGAAUAUCAAAGUCUUAAACUACCUUGGAUUUUUGUAUAAGUUUGUUUAUUUAUUCUGCUGAGCGUCAAAGUCCAAACAAACCUCUUUCUAACGUUUCAACCAGUUUCAUUCUCUCUGCACGACUAAAGUUUUCGAUUUCAAAUACAUACAAAUCGCAAAUUGGCUACGAAUCUUAAUACAGCCUUACAAGUUUCCUUCUUCCAUAACACGAGGCGAUGGCAUUAUUUUCGUAAAGUGAAAAACCAUUAAAGGAAAUGUCCUUUCAAUCAACUGCUUACUCGAACGACACAUAGGAUGCUUUUACAAUAACUGUUAUUAAAGAAAUAUAUUUAGAAUC